AUGAUGGCGUGUCCGUUCUCCGAACUCCCGAUGGAGUUAAAAGUUGAGAUCAUGAGCUACGUCAUCCCACCCAUGUCUAGUCCCAUCGACAACUCUGUUCACCUGGAAGCCGCCUAUGUCGCCGUCGGAGAUCUGGCGUCCGUGUCCAAGGAUUUCAAGCGGGUGGUUGAAACACUCCACCGCAUCAAGGCCAUCACCAUCGAUGAAGGAAAAACCAAGUUCACCAUGGAUCCCAUCCGGGAUACCCUCGUGGUUUUCUGGAUGGAUAUCCCAAGCCCGAAUCCUGACAAUUCAUGGAUUCGAUCCAUGAAGGCGGCUGGCUACAAGGUAGACGACGAGGCGUUGCCUAUUCGUCGGUUGAUCGCAUUCAGCGACUACCCGAUGCUGCCCCCGUCGCAGGACCCUUCUGGAUGCAUUUCCCGAACCACCCGUGCUCAAACCGUGGCCAACACUCUUCGCUGGAAGACUGAGCCUUUCGAGACCGACCUCCCCAUGUUCUCGCGCUUCCCGUUCCUAGAAGAAGCCGUUGUGUCAGUAUCAAUGAUGACACGUAUGUGGCACAUCUCCGGCUUUCAGAUGGAGGGACCAGAUGUUGUAGCACCACGCACGAACGGCGAGAGCUGGGGACUCAAUCGCGUUGGGCCGCAUAGCGUCACUGCGGCUCGAUACUUCAAGGACAAGGGAAUUCAGGCCGACACUGGAAUCCCAUGGGAGUUCCCUCGCUCACCCUUCUUAAAGCACCCUUGGUCAUUCUUGUGGACCCACCACGCGACUCUUAUCUCGCAGCCAGAAGAUGUCCAUCCACAUAUCGAUCAGCAUGCUACCUACAUUCAUCCUCUAGACCGACCAUUUAUUGGGCUGUAUGGGUACAGCCGCGGAACCCGUUCGCUUGGAGGAAAGUGGGCUGGCUUCCGGUAUCAUACGAAAACACACAAAGUUCAGUUCUCUCCCCUGGCGUGGUACGAAGUAGAGCCGAUUGUUCAUCGGCUGGGAUACGACCCCUCGCAUGGUCGACCACUCGCUAACGGAGCCGAUCCGCAGUUCGUGGCCCGGGUUUGGAUGAUUCGAGAAGGGGAUGAACCAAAAGAUGAGCCUCAUCACUGUUGGAUCGAGGUGAAGGAGCCAAAGCAGUACGACGCGAACAAGCCCUGGGAGCAGGAUGAACCCUACGUGGAGGAGAUCGCUACCACUUAG